AGAGGGAGGGAUGCGCAGGCGCCGCAGUGGGAGUGAGGUCGCGCAGGCGCGGACGGCGUUGGUUUGAAGACCUUCAGCGUUGCCCUGGCGGAGUGGAGACAGGCCAUCUGGUUGGAGAUAUGUGUAACACACCGACUUACUGUGACCUAGGAAAGGCCGCCAAAGAUGUCUUUAACAAAGGAUAUGGGUUUGGCAUGGUCAAAAUAGAUCUGAAAACCAAGUCUUGUAGUGGAGUGAUGGAAUUUUCUACUUCUGGUCACGCUUACACUGAUACAGGAAAAGCGUCAGGCAACCUAGAAACCAAAUAUAAGAUCUGUAACUAUGGGCUUACCUUCACCCAAAAAUGGAACACAGACAAUACUCUUGGGACAGAAAUCUCUUUGGAGAAUAAGUUGGCUGAAGGGUUGAAAGUGACUCUUGAUACCAUAUUUGUACCGAACACAGGAAAGAAGAGUGGGAAAUUAAAGGCCUCCUAUAAGCGGGAUUGUUUCAGUUUUGGCAGUAAUGUUGAUAUAGAUUUUUCUGGACCAACCAUCUAUGGCUGGGCUGUGUUGGCCCUUGAAGGUUGGCUUGCUGGCUAUCAGAUGAGUUUUGACACAGCCAAAUCCAAACUGUCACAGAAUAAUUUCGCCCUUGGUUACAAAGCUGCAGACUUCCAGCUGCAUACCCAUGUGAAUGAUGGCACUGAAUUUGGGGGUUCUAUCUACCAGAAGGUUAAUGAGAAGAUCGAAACUUCAAUAAAUCUUGCUUGGACAGCUGGCAGUAACAACACCCGUUUUGGCAUUGCUGCUAAAUACAAGCUGGAUUGUAAAACUUCUCUAUCUGCUAAAGUAAAUAACGCCAGCCUGAUUGGACUUGGCUAUACUCAGACCCUUCGACCAGGAGUCAAACUGACCCUAUCAGCUUUAAUCGAUGGAAAGAACUUCAAUGCAGGAGGUCACAAGGUUGGGUUGGGAUUCGAACUAGAGGCUUAAUAUGGUUUUGAGUAGAGUAUCAGAUUUGUCCCUGGAGAUGAAGAGAAGCGAACCUACUGUUUUGGCCUUAAAAUUCUUCUGUGAAAUUUCAAAAGUGUGAACUUUAUUCUUCCAAAGAAUUGUAAUCCUCCCUACUCUGAAGUCUAGAGGUUGCAAGUCCAUCCUAAGGGAGGUACUUGAAGGCAUGCAUGGAAGUUUUCAUGUUUGUGCCACAUUUCAGUUCAGUUCCUCAGUGUUAUUUUAAAUGUGUUCCUCAGUGACAGUGUGUCAUGUUGUAAGGGAAAUGACCUGAUCCUCCAGUUUGUACAUUACGUCCUGCAUGUCCCACACCACUUUUUCAUGACCUUUUAAUAUAUUGGUCUCUGUGCUGUAGUGAAAUCUUUGGUUUUGCAUCAGAGUAAAAUAAAUCCAUCACAUUUGGAACAUAAUUGCUCAUAUGACUUGCUAAUGGUGGUUUUCUUAUAUUUUAUGUGAUUUGUUUUGCUUUAAAAAAUAUUUUGAUGUGUGGGAUUUGUGUUCAGAAGUGUUACGUCUGUACAAGGAAUCAAAGAGAAAGGCUUUGGUUCCCUUUAUGCUGUUGCUUGUCCAGUCUCAUGCUUUUAUUGCUCUCGUGCAGUAAGGCUAGGCAGAAGUAUAUCUUGCUUCUUAUUUAGUGUGAUACAGUAUUAUCAUCUUGGUAGUUUUGUAAAGCUACUGAAAAGAGUGAGGAUGUGAGUAGGUGAAAAGACAGGGUAAAGGAAAGAGUACAAUUGGGGAAAUACCAUAGGGAUAGAAUGAGGCCAAAGCUAAAAGGGACACAUCUGUGGCUCUUUUGGGGCCUCAGAAAAAUAUGUUUGAUUACUAGAGCUAGAAAAAUUUUAAUGAAAGAAUGAAAGCACCAGUUUAGAAAAGAAAUGAGCAGACCAUAAUAUCUUUAAGACUUACUGGUAAAUCAUCUUUCUUUCUAAAAGUAGAACUCCUUUUGAGUUCUCUAUUAAAAAAAAAUAAACAGACAUAACAUAUGCUCAUAGCAACAAAUUCAGACAGUUCAGAAGUAAAUUAAGUAAAGUGAAAAUUCCGCAAUCCUCUCUCCAAUCUCACUUUCUUCCACCACCGAUAAGUUUGAUAUAUAUCCUUGCAGAUAGUUUUCAGUAUCUUCAGAGUUUACAUAAAUAUCUAGUUAUAUAUAUUGUUAAGAUAUACAUCUUGUUCUGCAAUAUCCUUGAAAAUUGAACAUUAUUAUCAGAUUCCUCUUUCUGUAGUCAUGUAAGUCUGCCUCAUUUUUUAUUGCUUGCAUGCUUUAGUAUACAUGUGACGUAACGUAAUUAUUCCCCUUUUUGCUACAUUCUUUUUUUUUUUGCUUUACCAACAAUGCUGCAUUGAGUAUCUUUGUCCAUUCACUGGUGAAGAUUUCCAUAGCAGCACUGUCCAAUAGAACAUUCCGUGAUGAUGGAAAUGACCUAAUCUGCACUGUCCUAUAUGGUAGCCACUAGCCAUAGGUGGCUGUUGAGUACUUGAAAUGUGCCUAGGGCAACUGAAGAAGUGAAUACCUAACUGUAUUUAAUUUUAAUUAAUUUAAACUUAAAUAGCCCCGUAUAGCUAGUAGCUACUGUAUUGAAUGAUGCUAUUAACUCCACAGGACAGAUUUCUAAAAGUGGGAUUGCUCAAUCAUGUGCGUUUGAUAAGUAGUACCAAAUUGCCCUUCAAAAAUUUUGUACAAAUUUAUAUUCUACCAGUGGUACUUGAGAGUACACUCCCCCCAUCCCCCCAACAACAAUGAAUGUUACCAAAUUUUUAAAAUUUUUUGCCAGGUUUGUAAAAUAUGGUAUCUUGUUUUAAUUUGUACUUCCCUGAUUGACAGUGAGAUGGAGUGGUUUUCGUGUUUACUGAUCAUUUUUAAUUCCCUGAUUUGCCUGCUCACAUUCCUUGCUCAGUUUCCAAAUGAGUCAUCUUGAAAAGAAUUAGACAUGUUUUCUUUCUGAAAAAUUUCAGUGCAAGUUAUUUCCCCUUAUCACCACCAAGGACUAUCUUAAUUUCACUAGACAAAAAUUUUACCCAGAUUUCAACCAACACUUCUUAGGAAGGGAAAUAUCUAUGAUACCAACCACAUGAAGAUUUAAUUUUGUUUUCCCUAGUAUUAUCUUUGUGAGUGUGAGCUCCCAUUCCAGGAAUGAAGUAUAACUCUAGCCUACUGAAAGAACUUUGUAUGCAGUCUGAAUGUGGGUGGCAUCCUAGGUCUGCUGACGGGGGCUGCACAUAGACACUCCAUUGUGUUACGGAGAGGAGGAAUAAGCCAUGCAAGUGGAAGGAUAAUGGCUUUGUGUUAGAGGAAAGUUACUAUGGGGCAGUUCUCUUCAGUUUAGGGUUGCUGGGAGUAGGGGAUAGACAUGGAUGUAGGAGGACAGAUAAGGAGCUGCGAGGAAACACUGAUGAGAUGCACCCCUAAUUAGUUUCUUAGUUAUUUAUCUGACAAAGUUAUAUUUAUAGCCUAAAUUAGAUAAGAAGGGGAUUGCUCUAGGUUUGUACUGUUUCCCCUUUCUUAUGUUAUCCCUUUCAAUUUAUUUGAUAUUUCAGAGCUAAAGAAUCAGAUUUUGUUUGUUAAUAUAGUCCAGAUAUGAAUGCAGGUAAUUUAAAUUUAGCCUUUAAACAGUAAUUUUCUUGACUCAUGUGUCUGGCUGUUAGGGGUAUGGAAGAGUACCACGCUCAUGGUGUUAGAUCAUGUGAAAAGGUCCUGGCUGCUUUGCAUGGGAAGCCGUCCACUUUUGUCACUGUGAAAGUAAGGACAAGGACAUCCCUGGGAUUGAGAUAAUUUUGUCUUUUAAGUAUUUGCCAAGUAGGAAGAGAAAUAAUUGGUCCCAUAGUAAGUGAUCUUGGGGCCUAAAGGGCUUUCUGCCCUAAGAUGACGGCUUGGGAAUACUCUCGGCACACCUUUAGAUGAUCAGGAGUCCUUGUGCGUACCAGUUCCUGAACUUCUGAAUGCUCAGGAGUGCAGGCUUUGUGGAAAUAGCUUGAUUCAUUUGAAUUCUAAUAGGGAUUUUGACUGGUUUUGAUUAGGCUCCUUUGUUUCACCGGAUAGCCUGUGCUUUUGCAGCAGUUUUCAAACGUUAGCAUGCUUCAGAAUCACCUGGAGAAUUUGUUAGAACAGAUCGCUGGUCCUCAGUGCCAGAGUUUUUGAUUCAGUAGGUCUGGGAUGGGGCCAGAGAAUUUGCAUUUUGAACAGAUUCCCAGGUGAAACUGAUACUGUGGGUCUGGGGACCAUACUUUGAGAACCAGUGUCCUAGAGCAGGGGUCGGUGAACUACAGGCUUUGGGGCAAAUCUGACCCAACACUUUUUUUACAACACUUGUAAAUAAAGUUGAUUGGAACAUAGCUAUGCUCAUUCAUUUAUAUAUUGUCUGUGGUUGCUUACACACUCCAGCAGCAGAAUUGCAUGGUUGUAUGACCUGCUAAGCCUAAAAUGUCUGGCCCUUUACAGAGAAAGUUCAUUGGUUUCUGAUCUAGAAUGAAGGGAAAUAAAAGGCAAUAGAAUGAAAAUGGGUCCAGGAGUGGUGUGGCAGGGUGGGAGUGGAAGUAGAGAUAGUGCAAGAGAAGGCCCCAUACUGCCAAGUAUGGGGUUCAGAGUGGGGCUCUGGGUAGGCACUGGGUAAGAUGACAGGCCAAGAACCGGGGCUGGGAGGAGAGGUGAAGAAGAAGGUUAAAGCUCAUCAUGAGAAGUUUAAGGUAUUUGCCCCUCAUUUAGAUAGACUCCACACUGCCCUUUUCAGUGGGCAGUUCCCUGUGGGCAUGAAAACUAGGCUGUGUUCUGAGAACCUUCAUCGAGGGAGUCAUUAAGGUGUAGUAGAAAGGAAAGAACAUUUCUUGAGCUCAUGUGCCAGGUACUGUGCUGGCCCCUUUAUAUGAAAUAAUUUAUUUAAUCUUCACUUCAAUAACUGCAAACAUCUUAAGUAAGCCAUAGGAGGUAUUUUGGGAUGGAGCAGUUGGUUGUGCCUUCUCAUACUGGAAGUUCUCAGUAGCUCCCUUCUGUCCCCCAUGAAACACCGGCACACACAGAGACACACGUGCCUGCAUGCACUGCUCUCCCCUACCCUCCCUCACCUCUCUCUUUUUCCCCCAGCUCCCUCCACUAUAUUUCCUGUCUCCCUCUAAUUUAGCCUUAUCACUCAUUGAUUUUAUUUUCUUUUAAAAAUUGAAUCAUUCUGAACACUGCUAGGCUCCUCAGUUUUGUCUUUUAAGCCUUAGUUUACCACAGCCUAUGUGUCGUAGAGCUUUGCACCUAGGGGCAGAGAAUUAGUAUUCUAAUAUAUAUUUGUAUUUAAUGCCUCUGGGUUCUUUGAUUCAGUAAUUCCACUCCUACGAAUUUACCUUAAGGAAAUAAUCCAAGCGGCACAAAGAUUUAUGUACAGUGUUUCUCACUGCACUGUUGUUUAUAAUAGUGAAAAACAGAUAACCACCCAAAUGAGCAACAGUAGGGGAAUGGUUACAUAAAUGAUGGUAUAUUCAUUAAAUGGAAUAUUAUUUAGCCAUUAAAAAUCAUGUUUUUGAAGAAAGAUAACAUGAGGAAAUGUUCACACCAUAAUGUUAAAUAGGAAAAAAAGUAAAAAAAACAAAUCUUAAUUUUAAGAUAUAUAUGCAAAUAUAGGAGAAAAUACACCAAAAUGUUAAUAUUCAUUAUCUCAGGAAAUUGGAAUUAUAAGUAGCUUUUAUUUUUUUAUACUUUACUGUAUUUUUUCAGAUUUUCAAAAGUGAAUUUCUUGUUAUAUUUGUAAUUAGGAAAAAAAAAACCCUUCUAAUUAAUAUUUUUUGAAAACGGCAGAGGGAUCCUUCCUGUAGCACAGGAAGUAGCAGUCUAUGGGUGGUGAGUGAGUUGCAUCUCAUAUGUGACGUGGCUCUAGACAUGCGGAGGCAGGGCCAGGGCAAGAAACACUACUUGUUUCUACUUGCCAUCUAGGGACAGUUUCCCGAAAUGGAGAAACUGAUAAAAAGUAUUGAUUGGCUUUGCUUAUGGUAAGAAACUACCCGGCAUGAGGUUUUCAUUAAAAUUUGUAUGUGAGAGUUUAGUGUUCACAUAUUUUAAAUAUGCAAAAGGCCAAGAAAACCUCAUGGUCCACUGCUAAUCCAUUAUCACACUCCAAACAUCACUGCUGUAGGGACAGAGGACAAUACAUGUCUUAACAUCUCACUUAGUGACAAAAUGUCUGUCCUUGGAAAUUCACAGCCAACUUGGCCCAGCCUCGUUUUUCAUUUGCUUUAACAGAUAGUUACUUGUGUGUGUGCAUGUGUGUGUGUCUGUAUGCGUCUUUGUGUCUCUGAGCCAUAGGCAUGGUUACCCUCAGGUUCUAGAACCUUGGAUAGGAGGAGAGCUAAGAAACAGCCUAAGCUGUUUCUGGACUGCCCUUGCAGUGUUGGUAACUACAUAGAUGUGCAUGAAGACGGCUUGUGUUUUCUACACAGAAAGACCAUCCUUCCAUUUACAAGUAUACCUCUGAUUGUGGAUACUCUGAUCCACUUUCCUUUGCCUGUUUCCCUUUAGAAACAAAUCCUCCUUUUCUUCAGCCUUCUAAAAAUGUUGGCAUUCAGGUUCCAUCGUCAGCCUUCUUUAAUUCUCCCCUGGUUCUCACUAUGUGUGUAUUAUGCUAAUGUGAGGAGCUUUUUCAGAUUACAUCUGCCUAGUCUCAGAGAUGCUCAUACAUCUGCCUUAGGGAAACUCUCAGAAUAAGAGUGAUGCUAUAUAUCUUGUGAUCUCUGAGGGAUCUGAUAAGAGCACCAAUCUUCCUUGCCCAGGUUUUAGACAGAUUGUAAAUUAAGACAUGGUCUUGGUGGAUGGAGGCCAAAGCCAUCAUCUUUUACCACUGAUAAAGGCUGCUUAGGUUCAUGGUAUAAUUUAGGGUGAGAGCCACAUGGGCUCCUAAUAUUUAACCCCAUAACAAGGAGAAGCUAUCCACCAGUCACAAGUAAUGCUAGGCUUCCCCUACCUGCCCAGGUUGGAUGGGAUGGAGGAGAGGAGAAUUCUGGUGCUUUGAGGUCAGACUCCCUCAGCAGGAGUGAAGAGGCAAUUCCCAGCAUACCCGGUUCAUUCUUUCCAAAUGUUAUCAGUCAAAUCCAUCCAUUCCCCUGGGGUAGCAGAACAAGUAAAAGGAUAGAGACAGAUGAGGAGUGUAAUGCUAAUGAUGGUCCAGUCACAUGGAAAGAAACAUUAAGAAUGGGGCACAGCAUUCAUUUUCUGUGCACUUUUAAGCCAUAGCCUCCUUCCAGAGAAAUGUGAAUACCUAGAGAAAUGUGUCCUGGAGAAAUGUGUUGGGUUGAAUGGAGUAUGUGCUUUGAAACAUCUGGGUGAUUCUCAUACACCCACUCCUUUGAACAUCACCACUCACAUCUGCUACCUGGACAGCUACCUCUUAAAGCUCAUGACUUCCAAAAUUUGUCUCCAGCCAAGAACUCUCUCCUGAGCUCCAAACCUUUAUUUCAGUCUGCCUGUCAGAUGGCUCUCCUUCGAUAAUAUGCAGGCAUCCAGAACUCAACCAUGUCCCAGACGGAACCAGUGCCCUCAAUACCUGCUUCAUAACCUGGAGUCUCAGCCAAAUGUCCACCUUUUUUUUGUGAACUUUCCCUUACCUCUGCGAGCCACUUAGCAGCCCUUUCCUUGGACUUCUACUGCUCUGUAUUGCAAAUUUGUUUACUUUCCUCUCCUCUUGCUUAUGAACUCCUGCAGGCCUAUGUUUUUGUCUUCCAACCUCCAGUGGCCAGCCCAGUGCUCUGCAUAUAAUAGGCCCUCAAUGAAUGUUUGCCGAAUGGCAUGGAAAUGAGCCAGAAGGUAGAUGGGCCUGAUUUGGCCAUAGCUCUGUCUAGGCUUCAAGUCAGGGGGGGUUUCUGCCUAAGGAUUCAGGUUCUCCCUCAGCAAGUACUAAGUUCCCUGUGACCAUUGAAGAAGCACAGAUAAUUCCUGGCAUUUCUGAGUACUGCUUGCAAUUCCUUGACAAUUUAAUUAGCAUUCUGUGAGGUGUCUUCACUGCGGCAAUUUAAAAAGGUCUGGAAGAUGGUCAUGAUUGCAACUAAACUUGAUCCUACUACCAGGUGCUGCUGUUGUUGCUGCCAAGGGAAGAUGGUGGCAGUAAGCUGGUCUGUGCUUUGUGCCCUUGAGGUCAUUUAGUCGUCUCCUUCCCUUUGACCUCUUCUCCCCUUUCCCCAGCACUGACUGACUCUUGACAUUCAGGGUUUGGUUUAACUUCUAAAUGUAAAGCUUUGGGAGAGGGCAAGGAAAUUCUCCAGCUUACUGUGACCCAAAUCCCUUUUGUUUUGUUUAGUAAGUUCUUUUCUGGGCACACUAGAAACUGGAGACAGCUGUCCAUUCCUGUUAAGUUUUAAAUUCCUUACUUAGAUUAAAUUCCUCAUAUGUUUCCUUUCUGUAAACCCUUCACCCAUUCUUUCUAGGCUUCCUUUCCAAGUUCUGAAUCAUCUAGUAUAGUGAUUUGAACCCUUCUCCAAGGCCUAUCACAACUACACAGUCCUCAUUUUUAUCGAGACCACAACUGUGCACAGAGUCUGACAGCUGUUGAAUAGGAAGAGACUAAGAUAAGGGCCAGGAAGCCUGGUCUAGCUUGUCCAUGUUUCCAUUUGGCAAACUAAAUUUUUUCUCAUUCUGUGCUUUAGUUUCGCCAGUGCUUGGCCAGCUUCAGGUGUUUCAAAGACCAAAUAAGAAAAGUGAAGUGAAAACGUUUCAAAAAGGGUGGUGGUGGAAUGGAUUAUAGGGGAACUUUUUCCCCGUAAUGUGCUUUAUGAUUGUUUGUUUUUUCAAUAAUACAAAUAAAGAAUGAUGUUCUAUAAAAAUA